AUGGCCUUCUUAUCUUUCACUCUCGCCCUAUCUCACUCUUUCUUACACCGCCACGUAUACAAAUCCUCCACCCCCACCACCACCACCCAACUCUCUCGUCCUCCUCACUGGCUCUCUCCCGAUCCUUUAGUACUUCCUCCUAUCCGCAUUCGUCUCCGCCGACGUCUCGUUUCCUUUCCUCCUUGCAUUCCUCGCUCCUCCCUUACUUCCGCCACCGCACCUCUACUUCAAGACGCAGGUGCCACGGCUGCCGUACUAGCCGGUGCUUACAGUCUCGUUCUCACUUUUGAUUCACUCACUCAGCGAAACCUCAUUCAACAGAGUUUGAGCAGAAAAUUAGUUCAUGUACUUUCAGGCUUGCUUUUUGCUGCUUGUUGGCCAAUUUUCAGCAACUCAACACGGGCUCGCUACUUUGCUUCUGUGGUACCUUUUGUGAAUUGCUUAAGGCUUGUUAUAAAUGGCUUCUUCGCUGCUGAUGAAGGGCUCAUUAAAUCUGUUACGCGAGAAGGAAAUCCAAAGGAGUUGCUAAGAGGACCUUUGUAUUAUGUUUUGAUAUUGAUCUUGUGUGCUCUUGUGUUUUGGCGCGAGUCUCCAACUGGGGUUAUCUCCUUGGCUAUGAUGUGUGGUGGGGAUGGUGUGGCUGAUAUCAUUGGUAGAAGAUUUGGGUCAAUGAAACUUCCUUAUAAUCAAAACAAGAGCUGGGCUGGUAGCAUAUCGAUGUUCAUCUGUGGAUUCUUGAUUUCUAUUGGGAUGCUGUACUACUAUUCAGCUCUUGGAUAUUUCCGGUUGGAUUGGAUAUGGACAAUUCGUAGAGUUGCCGUAGUGGCUUUAGUGGCAACUGUUGUGGAGUCCCUGCCAACUGCAGAGGUAGUAGAUGACAACAUAUCUGUUCCUUUAAGUCUUUUACAAUAUAGGUUGUGGGAAAAUAUGAACUCUGAAUCUAGUUUAGGAACAAGAGUAAGGUGCUUCAGGUAUUCUGUUCUUGAUUUCUUGCUUGCUACAUUUGAGGAGGGUGAUGCUAGAAUAUAUGUCUCAGAUUUUCUAACGUUUGAUAAGAAUAAUAUUAAUUUUUGGAAGGCUAGGAACUAUGAGGAGGAUAAAGGGGUGGUUGAUUUAAGAGAAUUGAAGGAGAGAUUUCUGGUUCAAGGAAAGAGAUGA